AUGUACUCGAAAACGUCCCACUCCGCCGAGUCGUCCGAGUCCUCAGGAAAGAACAUGCUCGUUCUCAUCCCGGACAGCAUCGACGUCGAAGAGGAGGCCAGGUUCUACGACGACAUCAGCGCAUCGACGACCGGCCAAGACAUCUACCCGUACGGCCAACACUCGCCCACGCACUCGUCCCCGGAGUCCCCGACGUUCGGCGCGCACGAGACCCAGAGCGUGUUCUCGAAGGACAUCUGGCUCGGGGACUCGCGCGGGGAGAGCGCCGCGUUCGCGCGCGACGUCGAGGUCCCCGGGUGGACGAGCGUGGGCGACCGGCGCGGCGGCGCGUACGUCGUGUACGACUGCGUGAUCAAGACGAAGGAGGGCACGGUGAUCCAUGCGCUCAAGCGGUAUAGCGCGUUCGCCCAACUCGCCGCGAGGCUGCGCGCGACGCUCCCGGCCAGCCAGCAGCUCGCGGUCCCCGCCCUGCCGCCCAAGUUCCCUCUCGCCAAGUUCCGGCCGACGUUCCUCGACCAGCGCCGGCGCCUCCUCCAGCACUGGCUCGCCGCCGUCCUGCUCCACCCCGAAGUUGGGGGGUGCCAGGCCGUGCGGGAGUGGGUCGUCGACCGCUCGUGA